AUGAUUGUAAGGCGUUUCUUUUCAAUUUCUAGUCGCAAGUCCUUUUUGAAGAAGCCUCAGUAUGAUGUGAAAAGGAUAAUAGAGAAUAUUCCCCAGUAUCAAACUUCGAUUCAAAACAGAGAGCUGGUAGAAGCUGAAAAUAUUACAUCAGACUUACAACUGCUGGGUGAGCGAUAUCAACAUAUCAAAAAGAUUGACAAAGCCAUUGCAGAUAUUCAAAUACAAAGAAAAUCGAUUGAAGCACAAAUUAGAAGGGAUAGAACAAAAAUCACAGAAUAUUCAGCUGCCUUGAAAGUUCUUAAAGAGCAAUAUCAAGACAAGGACGGAGAAUUGUCAGAGUUGAAAAUAAAGGUCUCUGGGACUUGCGAAGCACUUCCAAAUCUCUUGGAUCCCACGGUUCCAUUAAAGAAGCCACAGGUUGACCAAUGGAUAAAUCCUUUGAAAGAGUAUGAACCGUCAGAAACCCAGGCGCAUGUAGAUAUCAUGCUUAAAAAGGAAAUGCUGGACUUGCAGACUGCCUCCAACAUUACAGGAACAUCAUGGUACUACCUACUGAACGAUGGAGCACGCCUUGAACAAGCUUUAGUCUCAUAUGCUUUAAAAAAAGCAAACGAAAACGGAUUUGCAAGCUGUGUGCCUCCAAGUAUUACGAAAAGAGAGUUGAUUGAUGCCUGCGGGUUUAAUCCAAGAGACAUGAACAACGAGAAACAAAUUUAUGGGCUCCAAGAUACGAAUUUAGGAUUAGUUGCCACUGCAGAAAUAUCUAUGGCGGGACUAGGCGCAAAUAAAGUUCUUGAUCUAAGCUCUGCUGAAGGUGCUAAAAAACUUGUAGGAGUGAGCAGGUGUUACAGAGCCGAGGCGGGCGCAAGAGGUAAGGAUACGAAGGGUCUUUAUCGUGUCCACGAGUUUACUAAAGUGGAACUCUUUUGCUGGAGCAAGCCGGAAAAUAGUACAAAAAUUCUUGAGGAAAUAAAACAACUCCAAACAUCAAUUGUCGAGGAACUAGGAUUAUCAGCCAAAGUGUUGAAUAUGCCUUCAAACGAUCUUGGUAAUCCUGCUUUCAAAAAAUACGACAUUGAGGCUUGGAUGCCAGGAAGAGGUAAAUUUGGUGAAAUUAGUAGCGCCUCCAAUUGUACCGAUUUUCAAGGUAGAAGAUUGAAUACAAAGUACAAAAAGGAUGACACAGGAAAGCUUGAGUAUGUGCACACACUGAACGGUACUGCAAUGGCAGUUCCAAGAGUGAUGAUUGCCCUGGUAGAGAACUUCUAUGAUCCCAGAACUGGCGAGAUAUUUGUUCCCGAAUGCUUGAGGGAGUUUAUGAAUGGCCAGCAAUAUAUUUAA